UUUGAUUUUUUUUUUGUGUGUAUAAGCAAGAUUUCGAAUUUCCACACAGAGCUUCAGUUCAAACCCCUCUUCGUCUUCUUCCUCCAGCCAUGAAAUCCUUCUCUCCUAUUCUCCUUACGGCCUCACUUCUUCUUCUCCUGACCUUAUCACAUCACACCAAAGCUGAAGUUAUAACCCUAACACCCGACACCUUCUCUGACAAGGUGAAGGAGAAAGAUACAGCUUGGUUUGUUAAAUUCUGUGUUCCAUGGUGUAAACAUUGUAAGAAUCUAGGGUCCUUGUGGGAAGACCUUGGAAAGUUAAUGGAAAGUGAGGAUGAAAUUGAAGUUGGGGAAGUUGAUUGUGCUACAAGUAAAUCAGUGUGCACGGAAGCUGAUAUUCAUUCUUAUCCCACGUUUAAACUAUUUUAUGAUGGAGAAGAAGCUGCAAAAUAUCAAGGUCCCAGGAACGUUGAAUCGCUUAAAACCUUUGUUUUAGAAGAAGCUGAAAAAGCAGCUACCAAGGCACAUCUUGGACACGAUGAGUUAUGAAACUUCUUCAGAUCUUAUGGAUGACGAUGCUCGAUUUAGACAUCUCGGAACAAUUUUUAUUUUAUUGAAUAGUGAUACGAGGAUGCAAACAAAAAAGGCUUUGAUCAAAUUUAACCCAUUUAGGUGUAAUUUGCACUGAUGUGUUUCAUCAACUUGCACAAACUAUAUAGUGUAUUCCUUAAUAGCAAUUUUGUUUCAAAUUUAAUCAAUCGUGUUUUGGAGCUGAAGCUGAUAACGUACAAAAUGCUUAAUGCUUUCUUCUAGCUUUCUUGCCUUUUCAAUUUCAUUCACUACUCUGAGUUUGUGCAAUUGGGUUGUUUGAGCUGUUUUUCGCCUUAGAUUUUUAAGUUAGCUAUCCUAACAAAGUUUUAUAAUUUCAUAUACAAACACAAGUUAACAUAACAAAAUUGAUUUCUGAAUUAUGUAAUGUUUUAUAAUUACUCAUGUUCCAGCUAAGGUUCAACAUCUAGUAUGGCGUGUGAUUUCUGGUACUCUACCAGCAAAGUUACAGCUCUCUAAUAGACAUGUGCAUGUCGAUCUCACAUGUCCUUUGUGCAAUAAGGCCCCUGAAUCAAUUCCUCAUGUUUUAUUUGGAUGCGAGUUUGCUCACUCCUGUUGGAAUAUUGCAGCAGUUACUGCUGCUGGUGUAAAUGAAAGUGAAUUUUUUACUUGGUUCUGUGACAUUUUGCAGCAGGGCAGUAAGCAUAUAGCAGAGGAAACUGCUAUGAUUUUGUGGCGAAUUUGGUUGGCACGCAAUGAUAUGUUGUGGAGUAAGAAGUCGACUACAGUUUCAGAAGUUGUCCGUUCGGCUAGGACUAAUCUUGACACAUGGAAAAAUGCUCAAACAAAGGUUUUUACACCAUUGUUGAAUGUUAAUUUCAGCAAUGGAAGAGAGCAUUGGGUGAAACCAGUUUUAACUAAGUUCAAGAUCAAUGUUGACGGGGCUCUUUUCGAAUCUGAAAAUCGAUUUGGAAUUGGUUGCAUAAUCCGAAAUGGAGAAGCCAAAAUGGUUGAAGCUUUUUCGAAAAGCAGAGUAGGAAGGGUCUCUCCAGAGAUUGCUGAGGUGAUUGGUGUAAAGGAGGCUUUGAGCUGGAUAAAGAAGAAGGAUUUAUCUGAUGUGGAAAUUGAAAUUGAUUCUCUAGUAGUUGUUCAGGCUAUUAAUGGUUCAGUUCAAAUGCCAUCUCAGUUUGGCUUACUUAUUCAAGAUUGCCAAACCUUUCUUUCAGAAUUAAUUAAUGUUUUUGUUUCUUUUGUCAAACGAUCUGCAAAUAGGGCAGCUCACUGCAUUGCGAUACGGUCUUAUUUUAUGUCAGAUUAUAUUUAUGAUGAGCUUUCUGCUCCAUCUGAUUUACUUUUAAUUGUAAAGGAUGAUAGUUUUUCAAGUUGAUUAAUAAAAUUUCCCUUUUUUUUAAAAAAAGGUAGUUCAUUUUCAGUCUGAUCUCUCCUGAGUUGACUUAUUAAUUUUCCUUCAUAAAAAAAAACACAAUUAAUAGGUAAAUUUUAAGGAGUAAUUAACAUUUACACUCCGUGAAUUAUAACAUUAUUAGAUUAGGUCCCCUUAUAUAGGACUUUGAUCAAAUUGUCAACAAAUAGUGUAUAUUAAGGAGCAAAAUUCAAUUUUAAUAACAUUUUGAUUACCAAGUUUUAAAAAUACUUUUGUUCCUUAGUAAUAACCUAAAUCUAUUUUUUUUAAAAUUAUGAGAGGAUUAAUUACAAAAGUUUUUUCUUGCCAUAUAUAAUGGCAAUUUUUCUUAUUUUAAUGUUUGAAGAAAUCAAAAACAUUUUAAUAAAACAAAGAUUUUACAAAAAGACGGCCACAUUUAUACAGAACUCACAUUUAAAGUUUCAAAACAUUGAAAACAUAAAUACAAGAGUACGAAUUCUCCACCACUAUAAUAAAUCUAAAUAAGUUUAGUUUUCAAAAAAUUCAAAAAAGUGACAAAAAUAACAUUUAAGGAUUAAAUAAUUAAAAAUAAUAAAAGAAACUAAAAGAAAAUAUAACACUUUAAAAUUUAAAUGUAGUUGUUCAUCGACAAUCAACUAGACAACUCAAUUCUCAAUGAUAUUAAAACCCAAAAGUUUAAACAAAAAAAAACAAUAAUAGGAAAACAAAAGUCGACAUCAAAAGCUAAACCAACCUUGAAAAACAAGGCUAGUAAAACUUGCAAUGCUAACCCAUAUAAUUGUCCGCAUAUUAAAGCAAAACGAAAUCGAAAAAGGCAAAGACACCAGAAACAAAACUAGCCUAACUAUAAAAAGCUCCUUCCUAAACAGUAACACUUCACUUCUUCUUGGCGGCGGACUUGGUCACCUUGGCACCUGAUGGGUCCUUCUUCUCCACAGCCUUGAUGACUCCGACAGCCACGGUCUGACGCAUGUCCCUCACGGCGAAACGACCGAGUGGUGGGUACUCGGAGAAAGUCUCAACAACCAUGGGCUUGGUGGGAACCAUCUUAAUAAUACCGGCAUCUCCGUUCUUCAAAAACUUGGGCUCCUUCUCGAGCUCCUUUCCUGAACGCCUGUCAAUCUUGGUUUGAAGUUCGGCGAACUUAACAGCAAUGUGAGAGGUGUGGCAAUCCAGCACUGGGGCGUAACCGUUACCGAUCUGACCAGGGUGGUUCAUGAUGAUGACUUGGGAUGUGAAGUUGGCAGCUUCCUUUGCAGGGUCAUCCUUGGAGUUUGAGGCGACGAAACCUCUCUUGAGAUCCUUGACAGCAACAUUCUUGACGUUGAAUCCGACAUUGUCACCGGGAAGAGCCUCGAGAAGAGCCUCGUGGUGCAUCUCAACGGACUUGACCUCAGUAGUCAGACCAGUUGGGCCGAAGGUGAUAACCAUACCGGGCUUGAUGACACCAGUCUCAACACGUCCCACUGGCACAGUUCCAAUACCACCAAUCUUGUAAACAUCCUGAAGGGGUAGACGGAGGGGCUUGUCUGUGGGCCUCUUGGGCUCGUUGAUGUUGUCAAGAGCCUCAAGAAGAGUUGGUCCCUUGUACCAGUCGAGGUUGGUAGACCUCUCAAUCAUGUUGUCACCCUCGAAACCAGAGAUGGGGACGAAGGCAAUUUUGUCGGGGUUGUAUCCAACCUUCUUCAAGUAUGAAGAAACCUCCUUGACGAUUUCAUCGUACCUAGCCUUAGAGUACUUGGGGGUGGUGGCAUCCAUCU